GUUGGCCGGCUUGUGACAUGUAGGUAGGAUUCGAGAUUCAACAUCAUACACAUACAGUACACAAUAUUAAUGAAUACCAUUGUGAUUUGUUUGAUUGUGAUUCAAUAUCUGAGGAUUUAACAAAACAAAAAUCUAAAUUGCAAACACAUAAAAGUUUGAUAAUACAAAACUUUGAAAUAGGUUAGGUAUCUACGAAUAAAAUGGAUGUAGGUGAAUUACUGUCAUUUAAGCCUACUCCGACUCCUAAAAGACCAAAUGAAGAUGAUAGUGGUGAUUCGGACGAUGAACAGAUGAGGUCAAGAAUAAAACGCAUUGCUAAAUCUAACCCCGACCCCAUACUUCAGUUAAGCAGAGGCCUACCAAAGGAACCCGCUAUAACAGAUAAGGAAAGAGAAGAUAUACUUAGAUUUGUAGAGAACGAAGUAACAGAGGGAGAGAUUCUCGAUGAGACUGCUGUCAAAAAAUUAGUAUUAAAUUUUGAAAAGAAAGCUUUGAAAAACAGAGAGAUGCGGAUCAAGUUUCCAGAUCAGCCUGAGAAGUUUAUGGACAGUGAAAUUGACCUGCAUGAAGCUCUACAGGAAUUGAGUGCCAUAGCUACAGUGCCUGAUCAGUAUCCCUUGCUUGUUGAACUAAAAUGUAUCAACUCACUGCUGGAGUUACUGUCACAUGACAACACAGAUAUUUCCACCAAAGUUGUUCAUCUUUUACAGGAGUUCACAGAUGUCGAUAUUCUUCAUGAGAGCGAGGAGGGCGCAGAAGAGUUGAUCACUGCACUAGCUGAGGCUGAGUGUGCUUCACUUCUGCUACACAACCUCAAUCGGCUGGAUGAACAGGUGCCAGAUGAGAGAGACGCUGUUCACAAUACUCUGGGUAUAAUAGAAAAUAUAACAGAAUUCAGACCGGAACUUUGUUUGGAAGUUGCAAAACAGGGAUUUAUGCAGUGGAUUCUUAAAAGACUGAAGAUGAAAGUACCAUUUGAUGGAAACAAACUGUACGCAACAGAAAUACUUUCAAUACUCCUGCAAAACAUGCCUGAAAAUAGGAAAAUACUUGGAGAACUGGACGGGAUUGAUGUUCUAUUACAACAGCUGGCGUUCUACAAACGCCACGACCCGAGCGGCGCCGAGGAGCAAGAGGCAAUGGAGAACAUGUUCGACGCGCUCUGCUGUGCGCUCAUGGAGCCGUCCAACCGCGACCGCUUUUUGCGCGGCGAGGGGCUGCAGCUCAUGAACCUCAUGCUCAGAGAAAAGAAGAUGUCCCGCAACGGGUCGCUGAAGGUCCUCGACCACGCCCUGGCGGGCCCCGACGGGCGGGACAACUGCAACAAGUUCGUGGACAUCCUCGGCCUGCGCACCGUGUUCCCGCUCUUCAUGAAGACGCCCAAGAGGAAGAGGCUGCUCACGGUCGAUCAGCAUGAAGAGCACGUAGUUUCAAUAAUAGCGUCGAUGUUGCGCAACUGUCAAGGCAGCCAAAGACAAAGGUUACUGGCGAAAUUCACGGAGAACGACCUGGAGAAAGUUGAUCGACUUCUGGAAUUGCACUUCAAAUACAUGGACAAAGUCGACCGCACGGAGAAGGAAAUGGAGCAAGAAGCGGAAGAAUUGGAUGACGACGCGCAAUAUUUGAAACGUUUGUCUGGUGGGCUCUUCACUUUGCAGCUUAUUGAUAGAAUUAUCUUAGAGGUGUGCACGGCCGGCCCCGCCGCCGUCAAGCAGCGCGUGCAGCGCGUGCUGUCGCUGCGCGGCGGCUCGCUCAAGAUCAUUCGACACGUCAUGAGAGAGUAUGCAGGCAACCUGGGUGACGCAGGCAGCGAGGAAUGGCGCCAGCAAGAACAACAGCACAUCUUGCAACUUGUUGAUAAGUUCUAGUGUUCUAUAAUUUUUAUUAUACUAUCAAUAAACGCGUAAGGAAA